AUGCGAGGUGAGUGGUGGCAAGUGUUGGGUGGAACCGACACUGGCGGUAUUCUUGUGAGAAGCGGGCGCAGCCUUCAUUCGGAGCAACUAGCCGAUCGCCUUUCAUGUGGCGCGCUUGUGUGUGAGAUGGAGCUCGUUGGAGAGCGACUCCGUUACGAAAAGCUGACAGGCCACGGUCCACAGCAGGGCUGGAUCAGCACGAAGCUGAAAGACAAGACGCUUGUGGCUCGGGCUCGUGGAGAUGCUGGUCCACUACAGCAGCAGCCGAGAGAGGUUCGAAUCUGGGCCAUUUCUGACAUACACACGGACAAAGCAGAGAACAUGAAGUGGAUCCAAGACUUGGCACCGGCAGAGUUUCGGAAUGAUGUCUUGAUCUUGGCGGGAGACGUUGCCAACACCUUCGAGGUGUUGAAGGAGUCCAUUCUUCUUCUCAGAGAGAGAUUUGGGCGAGUUUUUUUCUGCCCCGGCAAUCAUGAUCUGUGGAUGCAGGGCUGGAAAGGUGGUGACUCCAUGGACAAGCUACAUGCCAUUUUGGACUUCUGUAAGUUGCAUGACAUCGAAACCACGGCUGGGGUGAUCGACACAGGUCAGAAACGAUUGCUGAUCGUACCUCUGAUUUCUUGGCACCAUCCACAGUGGGACACGGAGCCUGAGCUGGAGGAAUGGUCCAACGUGCCGACAGCAGAGAAGACAGUUGCAGACUAUUGGGCAACAAGAUGGCCACAGCCCCUGCAUAUGGAGGAUGGUUCCGUGGCUCGAGCGCUGGAUGAAUUGAACGACAAACGAGGAGGCUUUGCAGAAGCUGUGUCGCGGAAAGACGAGUUUGACGCCGUCAUCUCAUUCUCACACUUUGUGCCCCAACUGGAGCUGGUUCCAGAAAAGCGCUACUUGAUACCCGCCUGCCUGACCAAAGCUGUGGGCUCUUCUUACCUCCAAGAGCGGGUUGCAAUGCUGAAGCCGACUGUCCAUGUCUUCGGCCACACCCACUUUGGGUAUGAUAUAGACAUCAGUGGCACACGAUACGUCCAGGCAGCGCUGGCCACUCCACAAGAACGUGCCUUCGGUGGCUCCAUUGUCGCCCUGGGCACGUUCCCUGUCCUCGAAGCCAAGCCAUGUAAAGUCUGGGAUUCAGGGCACGGCUGGCCAGAGAGAUAUCGCAGCUCUUGGUCCGAAUACUACCGCAGGUACAAGCGCCAAGCGCACGUUACCUCCAUUGUCCCGUCGGUGUGCUGCAACUUCUACAGCCCGACUGCCGCGAGCAAGUCCGGAUGGAUUGCGGGUCGCAUGCCUAUCUGGCUGUUUGGCCCUUUGCCGCACAGGGAGUACGAGGCUCAAAUGGUACUGCAAGAAGUUCGCGACAGCACCGGCAAAGAUGCGCGCGAUGCACGUGGCGCCAGCGUUUCGCACAAGGCGCCACUCAGUGCGCGGGGCGAGCCGCAGUUCGUGUCCGCAGACGAGGCGAUCCGACUGCACAGCCAGGGUGAGCACACUUUUGUGAAUGUCCGCAGCGAUGCAGGAACCCCAGGCCUCUUGCAGAUCCCUGACUCCAUCGUCCUGCCCCAUCCGCGCGCAACGGAGAGUCUGGCGUCGCUUCCUGACGAUGAGCUGUUGCUUCUUUGCGAAGGUCUAAAUGCACGCUGUGGAAACAUGAUCGUGUAUGGCUGCCGGCAAGACUUGAAGUCAGCCUGGGAUUCAGCAAUGCUGCUUGCUGGCUACUUCCGCAUCUGGCCGACCGCCAUGACUCUUCUUGAGGGAGGCCUUGAAGCUUGGACGGAGAAGGGUGGAGAGCUGGAGCCCAUGUAA